CACAGAGCGCCCGGCCAACUGGGCCUUACGAGGAGACGCAAUGCUGAGCAGGCUCCAGGAGCUGCGCAAGGAGGAGGAGACGCUGCUCCGUUUGAAGGCGGCACUGCAUGACCAGCUGAAUCGGCUCAAGGUUGAGGAACUGGCCCUCCAAUCAAUGAUUAGUUCCAGAAGAGGGGAUGAGAUGCUGCCUUCUCAAGCUGCUCGUGAACAUGAUCAGAUAUCGGUGCAUGUAGACAAUGAAGCAUCAAUCAACCAAACUGCACUGGAGUUGAGCACAAGGAGCCAUGUGACAGAAGAGGAAGAGGAGGAGGAAGAAGAAUCAGAUUCCUGAAGUGGCAAAAGAGCUAGGAUUAGUUAUACAAAUUCAAUUUCAGAGUCUCAGAAACUUCCUUCCAAACAUUCUUGCCAUGGGCCCUACAGCCUGCGUUAAAGAGAGUGAGAACUUCAGGAGGAGGAUGUAUACUUGCGAAACUGGUUCCAUCAGUAAUUCGUUUCAGAAUGCUUUACCAAAAAUCAGCAGCACGGGGGAAAGGAAAGAUGCAGUGUCUGAGCAUUGAGCAAUAUGGGUGGUGCUGUGUCUGUAUUCUGGUCAGAUCCAGUAAUUGUGUUCAAAACAGAACAUUUCCUCUGAAGUGCUAUUGAGAAAGUCUGACAUUUGCCAAAAGGGCAGAGUGUAAGUACAAGCCAGCCUUUCUGAUCAACAAUGCUUCUUGUAAGCUAGUCAAUGUAAGGCUGUUUGCAUACCAUUGUACCCUCGUAAACAUAGCCAGAGUCUAGGGAAGAAAAAAGAUGAGGACAGAAGGCCACUUGAGGGCACAAGCUGUUGCUACCUCUCAGUGGUGUCUCGAAACGCUGUCCACUACAGACUGUUCUGUGUGGCUGUCAUCACAUCUAGGUUGAGACGCCGCUGAUAAAACGUGCUUAGAAAUAAACUAGACGAAUAGCCAUCGUGCAGCUGCUGGUUUCCAGAUAGCAACGGGAAACGGAUCGGUUCCUCCUGGGGAAAGGAGUAUGGCAGGGUGGUUUAAAACCCACUUCUUGACUUAGGAGGAAAUGUGUUCUUAGGGAAGGAAUCACUCUGCUUAGGAGAUUGGACUUUCAUAAUAAAGAGAUGAUAGAGUGUUCUUAAAACUCGGUAUUGGAAGUUGAGAUUUAUUUCUGCACACUUGCCCUUUGCCAUUGAAGGUGCUAGUUACCUGACUUCAUAAAAGUAACUUGCCCUGUCCAUGCAACAGCAAAGCCGAACACAAAGAACCUCCUCAAGCAGAACUUAUGUAACUGUUCCAGACAAGAGAACAUGUUAAUAAUUUUCAUUAAAGUUAUUUUGAGCUACUCAUA